AUGUAUUCAGCUUGUGGUGUGAUUGAAAUUGUUCGCAGGGUAUUUGAUUUGGUUCCUGUUUGGGUCCGAGACUUGGUGUCUUGGAAUAGUAUGAUUUCAGGGUAUUUGCAGAGGGAUUUUUGUGGGAAAGCAUUGGAAUUGUUUGGUGAAAUGAUUGAUGCUAGUUCAGAGAGGCCGAAUGAGUUAACUACAGUUAGUGCCAUAACGGCUUGUGCAAGGAUUGGAGACCUGGAUUUGGGUAGGAGGGUUCAUGGAUUUGUUACGGUUAAUGGAUUUGUCCUGGAUGUUUUUUUGGGUUCAUCACUGAUUGAUAUGUAUGCAAAAUGUGGCCGCGUAGAGGAUGCUCGGAAUGUGUUUGAUAGAUUGCCGGAUAGAAAUGUGGUUUGUUGGACAUCUAUGAUUGCAGGUUAUUCGCAGUUGGGCUUGUUUAAGGAAGCAAUUCAGUUGUUUAGGGUGACGCAGAUUGAGAAUGUGAUGGCAGAUGAAUUGACAAUUGAUUGUGUUGCUUCUGCAUGUGGGCAUUUGGGUGCACUAGACCAGGGGAAGUGGGUACACGCUUACUGUGAAAGGAAUCGAAUCGAGAUGAACCUUACUGUGAAGAAUUCAUUGAUUGAUUUGUAUGCAAAGAGUGGCGAUAUUAAUAAGGCUCUUGAAAUUUUUCAUAAGUUAAUUCAACGGGAUGUGUUCUCAUGGAGUGUUAUGAUUUCUGGGCUUGCCAUGAAUGGUAAGUCUGAUGAAGCACUGGACUUGUUCUCUGAUAGGUUAUUGUCAAGUGAAGUUAGACCAAAUGAUGUCACAUUUCUUGGGGUGCUAUCUGCUUGUAGUCAUGGUGGGUUGGUGGAAAAGGGAAUUUACUAUUUCAAUUUGAUGACCAAAACGUAUAACCUCACCCCUGGAAUUGAGCACUAUGGCUGUAUGGUUGAUCUUCUUGGACGUGCCAACCUUUUGGCAGAAGCAGAAGUUUUAAGAUAA